AUGGCCAGACAAAGUAAACUCCUUAAAAUUUCAAAUAGCCCCUAUUUUCAGGCACCAAUUGUCAUAGCGAGAGACCAUCAUGAUGUGUCUGGGACUGACUCACCGUUCCGUGAGACAUCGGACAUCAGCGACGGCAGUGCUUUUACGGCCGACAUGGCUGUUCAGAACGUUAUAGGUGACUCAUUCCGCGGCGCUACAUGGGUGUCGUUGCACAACGGAGGCGGAGUCGGAUGGGGUGACGUGAUAAACGGAGGGUUCGGAUUGCUUCUCGACGGAUCCGAGGAAGCGAAGAGACGAGCGACAUCGAUGCUUCAGUGGGACGUCUCUAAUGGAGUGGCUCGUCGUAGUUGGUCAGGAAACCGAAAGGCGAGAGAAGCUAUUCAGAGAACGCAAACAUUGGUGAGACAUGAAUGCUCCAUUUACUAUUGCCACGGCUUCAACGAGCCGGAAACGGGCGCUCUCUCUUGA